AUAUAUAUGAAGUCUUUCUUACAUCAGAGAGCAUUGCCUCAAAAUCAUCGAAACAAAAGAGAAGUCGUCAUGGCGCAGAAGAUCACAACGUUGGUUCUGCUAAUCGAAAUAUUGUUUCUGGUGAGUUGCGUGAGUCAUAUCACCACGACGACGGCGGAUAACGACGGUGAUGUGAUUCACGUAGCCGGAAAAGUUAUGUGCCAAGACUGCUCUCUAAACUACGGCGAAUGGAUCAACGGUUCUGAACCCAUCAAAGGGGCAGUGGUAUCAAUCACUUGUAUGGACGAGAGGAGAAGAGUGAGAUACUAUGGCAGCGACAAGACAGAUGAGAGAGGCCAGUUCGAUCUAAUUGUCAACAAUGUCCUCUACGGAGGCAAGGAUCUCAAGCCUCAACUAUGUAAUGUCAGGCUAGUGUCUUCUCCGGACCAGUCAUGUGACAUUCCGACCAAUUUUGGGGAUGGUCUAACCGGAGUGAAGCUAGUUCGACCAUUCAUGGUUUUCAAGGAUCUGGUUAAGUAUGUGGUCGGACCAUUUUAUUAUACCACUCCCAUGUGUGAGACGCCCAAAUUUGAAAACAACUACUAAAAUUCGGAAGGUUUUGACUUUCUUGGCUGAGGUCAUUUAAACUUAGUGUUCAUUAUUAACAUACUCAAAAAAACUUGUAACGUGACAUGUUUUUGCUUCCGUAAUUCUGGUAUUCUUGUACAUGUCAAUUAAAGUAUAAUCGUUUUUAAAAAAUUACUUUGUUAGAUAAGAUUAAACAAAAUAUAUUUUGGCUUAAUA